GGCUGUGACCUCUGAGCCCUGCAUCCUGUCUUACUCCCUGAGUCCUAGGUCCGACCCCAGAGGGCGCCUGGGCAUAUGGCUUUUACAGGGGCACACGGGCUCCAGGUGGCCCUGGUGACCUGAAUUGUCAUUGGACUCAGAGUCACCGGCUGAAGCACUCCCUCUGUCUGCGGGCCCUGGCUCCCCUCUUCCCUCCCACACCAUCUGUGCACUGCCUUGCCAGCUCUUCUGCAAAGAAAUUUGCAUCAUGCACAGUGGGAGGGCUCCUCGGGACAGCUCCACUGAGCCAUGGUCUGUCCGGCUGCUCCCCGGCUGCUCCUGGCCGUGACUCUCCUACUGGGGUCAGUGGUCGCCCCAGCAUCCCAGCCUGUGCAGGGUCAGGCUGGAGGGGGACCUGGGCAGCAGCUGGACCACCAGAGUGGAGCAGGGGAAUCCAUCCUGGUCUCUGUCUACGUCCAACUGGAAUUUUCAGACAAGACCUGGCCACUAGACCUAGCUCUUCCUCCUGCCUCUGCCGCUUCCUCCCCUAGAAAUCUCACGGGCCUCAGCAUCACCACAGACUGCAAUGUCAACCACACGGGGCACAGCCACUGUGCCUGCCGCCCGGGGUACCAGUGGAGCGCCCGUCUCUGCUCCAGCAGCAUCUCCUGCCCCUCGCACCGCCACAACCAUCGGCCCUGUGACUGUCGAAUCUUCAGCCAUCCCGUCCCCAGCUACUGCCAGUUGCUGCCCCCUGUUCCUGGGAACCUGAGCCUGAACUCCCAGCUGCAGAUGCCGGGUGAUGUGCUGAACCUGACUCUGCUCACAACCCAGAACGCCACCAACCCGAAAUGGUUCCUGAGACGCACAGAGAGCAGCAAAUGCAUCGCCCUGCGGUCAGGGGCCCAGGUGUCGCUGAGCUCCCACCAGGGCCAGGCCAGCCUCAGUGUCAGCCACCCGUCCCACCGCUGGGCAGGUGAGUACAUCAUCUACUUUGAGGCCCAGGGAUUCAUCUGGAAGCUGCAGCAGGAGGUGAAGGUGCCCUUGCAGAAGGCUGAAGUGGCUCGAUUUCCAGAUGAGCUGUCCAUUGCCUGCGCGGCCUCCCCUGGCUUCCAGCUGAGCUGCUGCUUUCCCAGCACAAACCUGGUCUACACUGCUGCCUGGAGCCCCAGAGAGGGCAGCCAAGUCUCCUUGAUCCACAGGACAGGCUCUCAGUGUCUGCUGUUGGACGUCCAGCACUGCCCGGAAGCCAACACCACGUACACUUGCGUGCUGGAGAGUCAGGGCCUGGAUCCUCUUAGGAGAUCUGUCGCUGUCACCAUCAUCCGGGAUGGAGACAUUGCCUGCCCUGAAGACUUCUCGGCUGUGGCCUGGAAUGUCACUAAGGCUGGCCACGUGGCCCAGGUCCCCUGUCCCGUGAACAAGGCAGGCACGGUGAAGAGGCUCUGUGGGCCUGAUGGGGCCUGGGGGCCUGUCCAGCACAACUGCACAGACGUGGGGAUCCUGGCCUUGUAUGAUGAAGCCAGGCUGCUGCAGGCCGGCCAGGGAAAGCCAGAUAGAAGGGUGCCACAGAUCCUGGAAAGGCUGCAGGAGAGGGCAGAGGUGACAAGCUCACCCUCUGACUUACUGAAACUGCUGAGCACUGUGGAAGUCCUGGCUGACGUGGUGGCUGAGGUCAGAACAGCGCUCACACCCAGUGCCCUGAAGGAUCUCCUGACAAUCACAGACAAGGUCCUAGACACGAAUGUCAGCUCUCUGUGGACCCUGGCCCAGGCCCAGGAGCCCUCAAUGGGCUCAGAUUUCCUGCUGGCUGUGGAGACCCUGGCACGCAGCCUGUGCCCAAAGGAUCAGCCCUUCUCCUUCAGCUCCUCCAAUGUGCUGCUGCAGAGUGAGCUCCUGGAACCCCCACUUGCUGGCGACUACCAAAUCUCCUUCUCCACUCAGCCCCCACUGUGGGUCCGGAUUCCCAGGUAUGCACUGACCCCACUGGUCCAUAAUGGAACCAGUGUCAGUGUUACCGGUCUGGUGCUGCAAAACCUGGACCACCUUCUGCCCUCCAACUCCAGGCAAGGGCUGGGGGACCUCCAGUAUGGCACCCCUGGCCUGGUGCUUGUCAUCUCCAUCAUGGCAGACGGCAAAGCCUUCACCCAAGCAGAGGUCAUCAUGGACUUUGGGCAAACACAUGGUGCCCUGCACUGCGUCUUCUGGGACCACAGUCUCUUCCAGCAUGUGGGAGGCUGGUCAGAUUCAGGGUGCCAGGCACAGGCGGCGGAUGACGGCCUUGCCACUCAAUGUAUCUGCCAGCAUCUCACUGCCUUCUCCACCCUCAUGUCCCGGCAUACUGUUCCAGAAAACCCCGUCCUGGAGCUACUGACUCAGGUGGGCUUGGGUGCCUCCAUAUUGGCGCUGCUUGUGUGCCUGACCGUGUACAGGCUGGUGUGGAGAGCCGUGGUGCGGAACAAAGUUGCCUUCUUCCGACACGCUGCCCUGCUCAACAUGGCCAUCUGCUUGCUGGCUGCAGACACUUGGUACCUGGUAGGCUCAGUCUUUCUCCCAGGGACUCAGGACCUGCUCUGCCUGGCCACUGCCUUCCUGUGUCAUUUUUUCUACCUGGGCACCUUCUUCUGGAUGCUGGCGCAGGCCCUACUGUUGGCUCACCAGCUGCUUUUUGUCUUCCAUCAGCUGUCUAAGCACCUCAUUCUCUCCCUGAUGGUGAUCCUUGGCUACCUGUGCCCCCUGGGCUUUGCAGGUGUCACCUUGGGCCUCUACCUGCCUCGAGGGCAAUACCUGAGGGAAGGGCAAUGCUGGCUGGAUGGGAAGGGUUCAGCCGUCUACACGUUCGUGGGGCCAGUGCUGGCCAUCGUGGGCGUGAAUGGGCUGGUACUAGCCAUGACUGUGCUGAAGUUGCUGAGACCUUCGCUGUCAGAAGGGCCCUCAGUUGAGAAGCGCCAGGCUCUUCUAGGGGUGCUCAAAGCCCUGCUCAUCCUCACACCCAUCUUUGGCAUCACCUGGGGGCUGGGCCUGGCGACUAUGUUGGAGGAGGCCUCCGCAAUCCCUCACUACAUCUUCGUCAUUCUCAACUCCUCGCAGGGAGUCUUCAUCUUAUGGUUUGGUUGCCUCAUAGACAAGAAGGUGCAAGAGGCCCUACGCAAACGCUUCUGCCACACCCGACACCCCAGCUCCAACAUCUCCCUGGCCACAAAUGAAACCUGCUGCUCAGAACAGAGCCGAGGAGGAAGCCAAACUGCCAGCUCAGUCUCCCCACCCUAACGCAUCCAAGCAAGAAUGGCUUGAAAAUCUCACUGACCCACCCAACAACCUCACCUCACAACUGAACCCGCCUUUCCUGCCCAGCUCAUCAUCAGAUAUCAAAGUUCCAGAUAAGUGCAAGUAAAACGAUCUCCACCAGUUUUGAAAUGAUCAACAGGCCAUUUUACAGAAAUAAUGGACGAAAGUGGUUCUAGCAUGCCAUCAUCUCUUUUCUGAUCACCCCUUUCUGAUGGUCAUAAAGAAAGGACACUAAUUGAUAGGAGCCUCGGAUCUUCCCAAUCACUGGGGAUGAAGGGCAGAAUUUGAUUCUUUUCGAGGUUUAGAGAAAGGUGAAGUUUCUUAGACCUUCUUCCUUGAACUUAAAAAAAAUCAAUAUAAAAUAUGUUUCAGGGACAUAGGCAUAUCUACAAAGAGGCACUGAUGUGAACACAUUUUAAAGAAUUUUUUAUAAAAGUUUAAAUCAGAGAGAAAGGUCCCAUUGACUGGUAAGACUUAUGGGGCAAAGGUUACAAGCCCUGACAUCUAAAUGUGACAAGACCCAGUGAAGACUAGUACACAGAGAAGCAAGACGUAAGAAAAGCUUUCAGAGAGUACCAGGUCUGGUGGAAUUAACUUAAAAUUCACAAGCAGAAAGUGAGAUGCUUCUGAAAAAACAUUAGACUAGCUCAAUGCAAAAAAUUCUGAUGAGUUGGUUUUUAAAUUACAUAAUGUGUGGGUAUUUUUAUAAAAUGGAAUGGGAACAUUCUCUGUUAAAAUAAAAAUGGAUACAGUAUCACA